CAUCACUGUCGCUAGUGUCGUUCUUUCACGAGGUGACCGGGAAAACGGCAGAAAUGUGAGGUCCACCUUGCGAUUAGAUUGGAGGAAGAUCAAAUCCAAAUUUGGUCGCGCACGAGGGAAGUUAAUUUCGAUGUCCGGCGGGAAACGGGCGAACGGCAUUGCCGCCUUCAGCAGAGAGGAGUACGACAACUAUCGGAAAUCUCUCGCGUCGAAGAAAGAAUGGCCUGGUUUCAACAUCAGGACUAAUUCGCAAGUGACGAACGUGCCGAUGCUGCUCAUGGAGCUGUACCGACUAGUGCCCUACAAGGAUGGCCGCUACGUGAACUUUCACCCGUUCAACAUGCCUCUUAUUAAAGUGCGUAAGAUCAACCUAGUCGGGACUGUCACGGGCGUCUCGCGCAACGUCAACAACCUGGCACUGACAAUCGAGGACGGGACGGGCGAGGUGGAGGUUAACUACAGACUGGAGCCGUACAUGUCCGAGUUGAAGCAACGGCAGGAGAUCGACGAGAGAUACAGGAGCAGAGCUGGAAAUUUGAGAGCCGACGGGGCGACGGCCUCGACCAGUAAAGAUUGCCCGAAGAAGUUCCCCGAGACACGUCCAGCAUUCCGUUAUCCGCGCGGUGUGUCGCUGCGCGAUAUUGCUGUCCUGGAGAACGAGUGGUGGCUGGAAACAAAAGGUGGUUUGUUGGGCAAGGAAAUCCAGCCGUAUGACCACGUGUAUGUCGUCGGAUACCCGUGCAUCGACACGUUGUUCCAAAGGAUACCGGAACAAGUUACAGCGGAGUUUGUCGAGCGCUCGAGAAUGACUGUGUUCGCGAUGUCCGUCGCGUGCAUUUCCGAGAAGAUGUACAAUGAGAAGCUGCUAACGUGGAUGGGCACCACCAUUCGCCAAAGGUACACGGAGGACACGGGCUAUUAUGCACGAGACAAAUGGCGGGGUCCACAAAAGUGAAACGUUGAAACUCUGUGAUACAUGUUUUUAUAGAUUUUUUAUACAAGAUUUUUAUAUAUUGAAUACUGUUAUAUCGUUCAACGGAUUAAAGUUAUGUGAAACUCUCUCAAUCUAA